ACCACUGGGAAACAAGGAAGCUAAAUUCGUAAUUCUUAAAUUCGGUCAAUCAUCUCUUCCAUUCACCUCCAGACGCCAAGUUCCUACCUGCCAUGCGUCUCAUCACACACAACCUGCUCGUAUGCAACAAGAAGGGCGUGGAGAAUGGCUAUCCACUUGCUAUCGAGGCCGAGGAGGUGGAAGUCGUGGCCUGCGACUUCCAGGCCGCUUUCGUUCGCAAGAUGCUGACCAAACUGGAUUGGAAUGCGUUCCUGACUGGUGCCAAGGCGCUGAAGCUCGCGGACGGCCUCCCAGAGACGCUUCCAAGCGCCGAAGAGGGGGCCACGGACGAAGAAACGCUACGCAAAAUCCACCACGCGCUGCUGGAAGUGCACGUGAAGCAAGGCAAGCUCAUGUGCCCCGAGUCUGGCCGUGCCUUCCCCAUCAUCGACGGCAUCCCCAACAUGCUGCUGAACGAGGACGAGGUCUAAGAACACAGCAGUCAAUCCUCUAAUAGAUAGAUACUGUAUACACGAGUGUUCAUUCCUUCGGAUCGUACGAGCGUUGAUAUGCCAAAACUAGGUUCAUUAUUUUCUGUGCAGUAGCGUAAACGACGACUCUUUGCAGAUGCAAACUGCGCAUUAAAUGACUAAAUCUGCAGGCUUCCGGAAGUAAUCCUUACUGUUCUUGAAGUUAUCGUAGCUGCAAUUCGAAUACGAACACAAAGAGUUAGCUGGUUGUUUCAGAACAGUGAGGGAAUGUCACCAUGUAC